GGUUCCGGUGCCAGGCGAGUGCCGAGUGCCUCGGAAGUCGGAACUCCCGCUCCAGCGCUGGUGUGACGUCAGCACUCCUGGUGUGUCGUCACCGGGUCUGGCCGUGACGUCACGAGUGAUCGCCGCCGCGCGGUGACCGGCGGCGCGGCGGCGGCAGUUGUCGAGUAAUCGCCGAGAGGGUGGGCCACGUCGCGAGGUCCGUCCGUAGUCAUUGUGAGGAGUUGGUGCGCCGUUGUUUGUGACUGCCGGGUGGGGACGCUGGUUGAGCUGCGGGGACUAUGACGCCGCGGCGGCUGCUGCUGCUGCUGGCCGGGCUGGCCGCGGCGCGCGGUCAGCCGGGUCGGACGGCUGACCCGAGCAGCUGCCGACGCUACCUGGAGGGAGCCGACGGCACCCCAGUCACCUGUCCGGAGUCACUGCUCUUCGACACCGCCAGCGGCCGCUGCAUGCCGGCGCCGGUGGCCACCUGCGGGUCAGACGUGGACGCGCCACCGUCUCCCGUCCGUGCGGUCAUACGAAAAUGCUGUCCGGAGUCACAGCAGUUCGACCUGAGCGUCGGCGACUGUGUCGACCGCGAGGGACCGUGGCAGCCGACCAUCUACGCUCACAGCCCGUUCAACGCGACCGCGCCGACGCCGGUGGAGUCUGCCGAGUACGACAUCCGGGCCGAGCGUCUGCAGGAAUGCUCCACCAUCGCCAUGAACAUGGAUCCCGAGUACCCGGACGUACUGUACCCGCUGGACAACGGCUUCCUGUACGUCCCGGCGUUCCAGUACCUGUACUCUCCGGACGCCUACUGCAUCGAGACGAUCACCGGCACGGGCGUCCCCGGGGGCCCCGUGCUCGGCGGCGUGGUCUGCAAGGGCAUGGCGGAGGAGACGCCGGGGAUCACGGCGCUACCCGACGACCGUCCGGUGGUGCCGCGCUGCUGCGCCCGCUUCAUCCCGCUCGACCUGUACCGCGGCUGCCGGUUUGACCUGCAGAUGACCUCCGAGCCGGCGCCUCCCCUCGAGGAGGCCGCGGUCGGCGCCGACGCGGUGCGCUACGAGAUCACCACGCCGCUCUGCAAUGGCACCGACAUGGUGUUCCUGCGCAUGGGCGCCGAGCCGUUCGCCAUCGACAGUCUGGGAACACUGCCGCUGCCGGAGGCCAACCUGACCAUCCCACUGGGCGACUUUUGUCUGAACGAGGGCCUGCCGACUGGCCCGGAGGACGCUCCGGUGCCGGAGCCGGCCGGAGCGACUGCGAUGCUCUGCCCCAGCGCCGAGCAGCGCGCCGCGCUGGACGCCACCAGCGUGCGCAAGUGCUGUCCGCCCGGGAUGGAGGUGGAGCGGGUGGUGCACGCGGAGGCCGCCGACGAGAUGAACUGCGUCCCCAGCGGCCGGACGCUGGAGGUGGACAGCCUGGAGCAGGUGGCGGUCGGCAUGCGCGCGGCGCCCCUCCUGAUCCACAUGCCGCCGUGUGAGGGGGGCCUGUUCGAGGUGACCACGGGCAACUUCUCGGUGCGCGAGGACGGCUCGUUCCAGCUGAUCGAGUUCGACCCGUACGCGUGUCACAACCAGGCCAUCUACAAGGCGACGGCCUCCACCUACUGUCUGGACCGCAAGGUGGGCAGCGAGCAGCCCGUGCACGCCUUCUACUGCUUCCCAGAGACGAAGCCGGACGACACCAACGUCAACUACAUCUUCUACCCGAUCCUGAUGGGCAUCACCGACUUCUUCCUGCUGGUGACGUUCAUCGUCUACCUGACCGUGCCCGAUCCCACCCAGACGGGGCUCAACAAGAAGCGCAAGCUAUCGCAGAGCGUGCUGGGCAUGAUCCUGCUGGCCUACAUCAGCUCGCUGUUCUUCGCCUACCUGGUGCUGAUGAUCGUCCAGACGGCCGUCACCCAGCUCACAAAGUACAGAGUGGCCUGCAAGGUCCUUGCUGUUAUCUUGUACUUCUUCCUGCUGUCGGCGUUCUACUGGCUCAGUGUCAUCUGCUUCGAGAUCUACCUGAGCACGAGGGCCGACAAGCGGACCUCUGGCAGGAAGCGUUUCCGUCUGUACGCGGUGUACGCCUGGGGCUGUCCGCUGCUGAUGGCCAGCCUGGCGCUCAUUAUGGACCUGGCGCCGGGCAUCGACAACUGCAGCGUCAUCAAGCCGGCCUUCGGACGCUACCGCUGUCUCUUCCAGAAUCGGAAAGCGUUUAUCGCGUAUUUCUACAUCCCGAUCGGAGUGCUGCUCGCCAUCUGCCUCCUGCUUUACAUCUUGACGGUAAAGAACCUCAGCGUCCCCAGCAAGAUGCCCGGCAAGGACGCUUCCAGUGCCAUGAGCAAGCAGAGCGCCAAGCAGCAGGGCAAGAGACGUAAGCUGUGCGCCAAGCUGUUCCUGAUCAUGGGAAUCACCUGGGUGGCCGAGCUGCUGUCCUACCUCAUCGGCGACAGUCCCGUCUGGUAUUUCUUUGACGUCAUCAACAUCCUCCAGGGCUUUUUCAUCUUCGUGGCGUUCAUCCUGCGACCCAAGGUUCUGCAGUACAUCAAGAAGACGGCGCUCCAGUCACUGAGCCGCUCGUUCGGCCACGACUCCCAGCACGACGGUCACCAGAGGGGCGGCGGCGGCGGCGGCGCGGAGGCCGGCGCCGCGGCGCGCGCGCCGCAGGCCGUCUCCUCGCCUGCCACCAUGAGUACCCGAGUGGCGAGCACGCGCACCAACUCGGGCGGCUCUGGCACCGGCACGGCCGCCAGUGGCUCGAGCGGCUCCACUGGAUCCACCGGCACCGCCGGCUCCAAUGGCGCCGCAGAGCCGUGAGCGACCGGAAGAAAACGGAGCAGCGACUGGUCGUAUCGCCUGGCAGAUGCCAGUUCAAACGUGAAACGAGAGGAAAAAAAUAUGAUGACUACGUCAACGUAAGAGGCGGUAAGGACGCUUGAUGCCAUCAGUACUGCGGCAACUUCGUUUGCGUCUGGCUGGAUCACCAGCACUAUUAUAGAGAUCGAAUGCCGUCUACCGAUGCAAAGUGACAUGAAAUGCCGGAGCUGCGAGUGUUGUCCACCAGUCACUCGUAUUCUGACGUAGGUCCUAGACAUGAGAUCUAGUAUGUGAGAUCCUGGACCACCGACUGUGAUGGGUCAUGCAAGAUAUCGGCCUGUCAUAGAUCUGGGAUAGCGAUGUCUGGUUACGAUACGAGACCAGCGGCGUUCAUACGAGCCAGCUAUCAAACAUCGGCAAAAGGACUCGGCGAUCGCAUCCCCACUGGUCAGUGCAGUCCUCUGCGAACUUCACAUGACCUCACAUUCGCAGACUGUUUAUCUGCACUCAUAAACUACUUCGCCGCUGGUUCCGGCUCGGCGUCCGCCAGAUGGAACGCAAAAACAAACAAAAAAGUGGCUUCUCGCGAGAGAUCCGGCACAGCUGCGAGGUUCGGGGCCGGAUGUCGGGUGAAGGCGGCGGCGGAGCGGCCUCGAAAAGCGCAGAUCUUCUCACGCGUCCGGCCACGUCGUGUGCGUGCGUCAAGAUCGUCGAGCGUCGCAUCUCCGCCGCAUCGGCCGAGUGUCGUCAGCCGGGGAUGAACGUUCUCACGGAACCCUGGGAGAGGGAUGGAUCGAGUCGGGACGGAGCGCAGCGACGCAAAGAUCCGUGAUGAGGUGUGGACUGUCAGAUCUUGAAAUCACCCGCCGAUAACGCCUGGAGCUGACUUAAAAGACGCGUUGUUCUUUAGCCGCACCAGUCCGGGAGUAAGCAUUCUCUGACGAUAUCUGGCACACAUUCAUCAAGAUACUAUCAACAAGCAUCAAUAGAAUAGGUACUGCCGCGGCGUAGUUGCUUUACCAUUGCCUCAUCAUUAUGCCCUGUGGCUCUUUCAUCGCAGUAGUUAAAUGCAUGUACAGGGUGUUUGAACGAGUGCUCGCGUUUUCUUUCAGACAAUGCUUUGUAUGCUGCUUGUUUUAUACGUGUGACAUAUUACCUGAGUAGCGGGUAGCAACAUACACCUAUUUCAAGAAAUAGAAUUACUGUCUGAGUUUAUACCCUGUGUUUUGUAUGCAAAGUACGUUUAAGAUAGAUGAGCGUUCUAUUCUAUCCGAAGAUCUGAUUUCCGUCGAAUGUGUUUCUGCUGGUGCUAGAUGUGAGCCCGAUAGGUGCGCUCUUCUACUUGCACUUACUUAUCAGUUGUGACUUGUGAGGUGACUCCUUUGACGAACAGACCGUCUCCGAGGCUUGGAACUGUCUAUAUUUGUGCUGUGCAUAAUGAAAGCAUGCUCGCUGCGCUAUGUUCUUACGGACGUGAUUCUUAGAGACGUGAUGACGAAGGGUGUCUGUGCAGUAGCUAUUUCAGGUAAUGCUGAGAACGCUCUUUGGUGUGCCAUAGUUGUUGGCGUCAAUAAAGCUGGAAGUCGU